CUUAGCGCGCGUUCCCACCAUAUUGAGAAAGUUGGUCGAGUCGUCAGAUCAUGAGUAGUAACUUCCCUCCUGUUUUACCAAAGGAAGGUCACCCUAUGAGGGUUGAUGGGCCUACCCGGUCUACUGUGGAAACUCCAUGUGAGACUGCAAGGAGUCAUUCGAGAUGGAAGCAUCCACUGGAAGAUUCAGAGAGAAAUUAUGUGAGGAAUCUCGAGGAGCUUAAUCUACAAAUGUUGAGGAACUUGCAGGGAGUUCAUGCUCCAUUCAGGCUGGGAAUGGAGCGAGCUUUGGCGUCAAAAGUUGGGCGGUUGGCUCCCCUGCAGAGCUCCAAUGUCAUGCUAAACGUUGUCAUGGGCUUAGAUGAAGUACUAGGCUUUCAAGACGCCCUUGGUGGAUGUGAGUACCCUGAAGUGGCUGAAAAGUCCUGUAGUGAUCGGUUCCUGUUACAGGCAAGUGGAAAGACAUGACUUGUACUACCGGUAUUUGAUUUCUGCAUUCCUGCAUAGACAUUGUUAGCAUUGACGUUAGGGUUUAUCCAUCUGUAGUAGAGAUUGUGCAAAUUAAGAUUGUCAUUACCUUUUCAGAA